AUAUUAGUUGUCAGAUUAUAUCAUAUCCACCAUUUGAACAAGUGUUUUCUAACGCUGGUGUACUAACAAUAAGAGUUCCUCCUCCAAGUUACCUCACCAUUACUCCUACCUCUCUCUCUGUUAAUCACAGUGACACUGCUACCUUCACUUGUACAGUUACAUCACUAACUACUCCUAAUAUAACAUGGACUACUACUGCUACUGCUGGUAUAACCAGUCAACCUAAUGUACUUGCCUCCUCUCAAGGCAGUGAUAUGUAUACUAGUAGUUUAGUAUUGAUUGGAGUUACAUUAGACAGUAUUGGAUCAUAUACAUGUACUGCUACUAAUGAAGGAGGGAGUAUUAAUACUACUGCUAUGUUUAAUGUUACUGUACCUACAUCUGGAGUGUCCUUAACUCCUGACUCACUUGAGAUCUACUACAAUAUGACUCUUGAAUUAAACUGUAGAGUAUUUUCAGUUACUCCUCCUACCAUCAAUUGGACCACUACAGCUAACGUUACCAUACCUAGUGAGAGCAUUGUAACAAUGAACACUGGCAACAUGUACAAGAGUGUCCUCACUAUUGAUAAUAUUGAUCUCAGUUAUACUGGCCUGUAUACUUGCUCCUUUACUAAUCAAGGAGGAACUGAGAGUGAUGUUUCAAACGUCACUGUUAUUUUACCAGUUCCUACUGUAUCCAUAACAUCAUCACCUAUGAAAUAUGCGACAUAUGCUGAUCAUCAAUUCAUCAUGUGUACUGUCACUUCAUUAAUGAGACCCUCCAGUAUAGUUUGGUAUCAUAAUGACACUUUGAUAUCAAGUGGAGCUCAGCCUAGCUUCACAGCCACUGUUGCUCCUAAUACAUACACUAGUGUAUUGGUUAGGGAUAAUGUGGUCCUUAGAGAUAAUGGAGUGUAUCGCUGCCAGGCUCAGAAUAUGGCUGGUAUUGGUGCCGAUAACAUUACUAUUAAUGUUUUUGUCCCCCAACCAGUUAUACUUAAUCUUAAUGAUAUCAAUGCCACCAUUGGUCUUAAUAUUACACUCAACUGUACAGCAUCUGGUUUUGGUCUUACAUAUGACUGGGAGCCUGUUCCUUGCAGUUCUGAUUGUACAAUUAGUGGAUUAAAUACUCCAAUAUUGUCCCUGGGGCCUGUUGUUUUUGGAUCAGCUGGGGAAUAUGUUUGCAAUGUCACUGAUUUUAUAGGACAGAAGGUGUCAAAGAUCAUUACUAUCACACCAUUGGGUCCUACUUUAUUAUCAUCAAAUGUGUCAAAUUGUGCUGCCACUCCAAUACAAGUGAUUAAUGGGACCAAUGAGUUCCUACAGUGUUCAUUCCAGAACAGACCUGAUGCUCCAUAUAACCUCACCGUUGACUGGUUUAUAAGUGGACAAAGGUUUGGGACCUCUCGGGCCAGUAACGCUAGUACCUUUGUAACUACCACUCCCGAGGAUGAAAACAGGAUUGUCACAACAAUGAUAUCUUUUAAUCCGGUGGAUUAUUUAAACUUUAUCUCACCCGACAUAUCAAGCUUUGAGCAUGCCUAUACCUGUACGGCUUUUAUCGGGAACUUCUUUAAUGAACAAGUAACGAGUAAUGGGACUUGCCUUGAAGGAUUAUUUGGGCCUGUUCUUAUAACAAAGCCUGAAGAGAACUCUAGAGCAAAUCUUGGGGACAAGUUCGUAUUUAAAUGUGAUCCUGAUUAUUCUAACCCAAGACCUCAUUUACAAAUUAACAAGACACUAACGAAUGGAACUGAACUCAAUCUGUAUAAUGGUCUAUCUAAGUUGCAUUCUAUUGCGAAUGUUACCUUUGAUGAUGCUGGUAGUUACAGAUGUGUAUUGACUAAUGAUUAUGGAAGGACUGAGAGCAACUUUCAACUGAUAGUACAAA